AUGGCGACCGAAGAAAGAAUUCUUACAGAAAUCCCCCAAUACAAAGUAACAGUGGAGAGACCUGUACCUCGUGGGUUGGAGGAUGCUUUAGGGAAUGCAGGUCUUCCUCGUGCGAACGUGUCAGUUUCUCGUGAAAAACCUGAAGGAACUGAAGGAGCACCUUCACAUAGAACUGUUUUACAACAACAUUGUGAUUUUUUUGAUGAAGACCAUGACAACGUUAUUCGUCCUUUUGACACGUAUAGAGGAUUUCGUCGAUUAGGCUUCAAUAUUUUAUAUUCUCUUUUCUCCAUGACAAUCAUUCACAUUGGCUUCUCCUAUGUGACUCAAAACAGUUGGAUUCCAUUCUUUGGCAAUCCAUUCUUUAAGAUUUAUAUCGACAAGAUUCAUAAAUGCAAGCACGGAUCCGACUCUGAAACAUACGACACUGAAGGUCGAUUUGUUCCCGAGAAGUUCGAAGAAAUCUUUUCAAAAUAUGAUAAAGAUGGAAAGAAUGGACUCACUUUCGCUGACAUUCGACAUUUACUUUAUGGAAAUGCUAACGUUGGUGAUAUAUUCGGAUGGAUUGGAGGUUGUGUCGAAUGGGGUACUCUGUACAUGUUGUGCGCCCAGGAUGGUAUUGUCAGCAAAGAAGAUGUCCGCAGUAUGUACGAUGGUUCUCUUUUUAACAAAGUUGCGGCGUCUCGUAAAUCUCAUUCGUCUUCUCUUUAUAAUGGUGUCAAACCUGGCUUUGAUUAUCUUAAAGAUCAUGCCAAAGAUUCUUAA